UGUAGGCCCAACACGUCACAUGGGGGACUGCCUCUACAUUCGCCGCGACUAGAAUACCGAUGAAGCCGAUGUCUUCCCAUUCAUUUCCCCUAUCCGGCGGCGCCCGGCGUUGUUGGUUGGCUUAAAUCGUUUGCGCAUUAUCAAUUUGUGUUGUGUUUUCGUCGUCGUCACUCAACGUUAACGGUGGUGCUUACUCGCGCGCGCGGUCGCUGAAAGCACAUCAGAGGCUAUUGUUCUCGUCGCGCACCCCCACAGGAAGGGUUGCAAGCAACAAUCGAUUGUCAAUCGCUCGCUACCGUGAUGAUGAUGGGGAUGAUUAGCAGGCAAGCAGCGCAGUUCCCAUCACUUUGUCAUCCAGCUUGAUGCAGUUGAACUACUACAGUACUAACUUUGAGGGAGCGAUAUAGUGACCGGUGCUGGCCGGAUCGAUUUCAGUUUGGUCGGUGACUGUCGAACCGAACGGAGAGGCGUGAGAAAUUAGUCGAUCAAAUAUUUUCCCGAUCGUAGGGAAUUAACGUGUGCGCGUUCGUUGUGUGAUCCGUUUCCUGUGUGCUGAAGUGAAAAGCACCUUCCCAAUCAAGUCGCGUGGUGUAUACAUGCUCUAAUUUUGUGUCGACAACCCAUUGAUAGUAGGUAAUAUAGUAGACAGUCAGCCAAUCGAAACAACAGUGCAGAUUGGUUAGUUCCAGUAAUGGCACCGAACCUGCCGGAUAGUGUUCUUUCAGUUGCUGUUGACGGACCGUUUUCUAGAAACUCCAUUUCUCAUCAAUCGAAACAGGGUGCCAGGAAAAACGAAGAUGCGGAAGAUGACUACUCGGAGGAGUUACCCCAGCUCGGUGAGCUGUUUAAGUUCCGAAACGGUUGCUGUAGCACUAAACUGAUCAAAAAGCGCCUACCGAUUCUGACGUGGCUUCCCAACUACAACCGACAGUACCUAGUGGAAGACAUCGUGGCUGGAUUGACCGUGGGUCUGACGGUUAUUCCGCAAGGAAUUGCCUAUGCCGUAGUGGCCGGACUGGAGCCUCAGUAUGGGCUGUAUUCGGCGUUCAUGGGAUGCUUCGUGUACUUUGUGUUCGGUAGCUGCAAGGACAUUACGAUAGGACCAACGGCCAUCAUGUCGCUGAUGGUGCAGAUCCACGUGGCCAAUUUGGGUCCUCCGUUUGCCAUGCUGUCCGCGUUUUUGGCGGGCUGCAUAAUUCUGAUACUUGGUUUGCUUAAUUUGGGCUUUUUAGUGCAGUUCAUUUCCAUGCCCGUGACAGCCGGAUUCACCUCAGCAGCGGCCAUAACCAUCGCUAGUGGUCAGGUCAAAUCGCUGCUGGGUCUCCCCGGAAAAUCCAACGAAUUCCUAGACUCGUGGGAGAACGUCAUCCACAAUAUCCAACAGACCAAGCUGUGGGAUUCGCUUCUCGGAAUCGGAACAAUUGUGGUCCUCCUGUUGAUGAUGCAGCUGAAGAAUCUGGAUGGUUCAUGGAAAACGUUCGGAAAGUACAUUUCGUUGUCCCGGAAUGCCAUUGUCGUAAUUGGUGGAACUGUGCUCGCUUACUGUCUCAGCACAGAUGGCGUGGCUCCCUUCCAGCUGACCGGCAAUGUCACGUCCGGAUUACCCCCGGUACAGUUGCCACCGUUUUCCGCAGUGGUCCACAACCAAACCUACUCUUUCACGGAUAUGGUCUCCGAACUGGGAACGUCCGUCAUCGCACUGCCCCUAAUCGCCAUUCUGGAGAGCAUCGCCAUUGCCAAAGCCUUCUCCAAGGGAAAGUCCAUCGAUGCCACCCAGGAAAUGAUCGCCCUCGGACUGUGCAACAUCGUCGGAUCGUUUUUCUCCUCGAUGCCCGUAACCGGUUCGUUUACUCGAUCGGCCGUCAAUAACAGUAGUGGCGUACGAACUCCGGCCGGUGGCAUCACCACUGGAAUCAUCGUCCUACUGGCGCUAGGUCUUCUGGCCGGUACCUUCUUCUACAUUCCGAAAACCGUGCUGGCCGCGGUGAUCAUCGCCGCCAUGUUCUUCAUGGUGGAAUUUCACGCGGCUGCGGAAAUCUGGCGCACAAAGAAGAUUGACAUCAUUCCUUUCUUUGUCACGCUCAUCACCUGUCUGCUACUGGGCCUCGAAUACGGAAUGGUCAUCGGAAUCGGCGUCAACAUGUGCUUUGUGCUGUAUCAAACUUCUCGACCGACCAUCCGGCAUUACAUCGAACGGGUCGGCAACGUCGACAUGCUAGUCGUCGUGCCUGACCAAAGUCUGGUCUACUCUUCUGCAGAGUACCUCAAAGCUCGGGUCGUCAAAUUGUCCCAACAGAAUCCGGUUGAACUGGUUGUCAUCGAUGGCUACGCGGUCAAUUACAUCGACUCUACGGUGGCCAAGAUUCUCGCCGGCAUCAUCGAAGAUCUGAAGAUUCAGGAACGACCGGUACUGUUCUGGAACUGGCAGCGAGCGGUACAGCACACGGCAUUCCGCCUGGAUGCGGAACUGUUUGUGCCUCGCUUCAAAUCCGGAAGCUCGCUGGACGAGAUUGCCAAGUGCUGGUCGCUGGACAAUCGAAUCGAGGCGUGAUCGGGCUUGUGCAUUCGGUAAGAUGUGAUAGUUCUGAGUACGUAUUCGAGUAGUUUAGUAACUUAUUGUGAGGGAAUUUACGCCCUUAAGAUAGAGAUAUUUUAGGUAACGUAUCUAAUCAAAAUCGACGACCUAGUAUUAUUCGGUUACUACCUGCCAAGGUAAUCUAGAGUAAGCAGUGAGGUGAUGAUGGUGCGCAUUUUACAUAUUGAGUAGAAAUAAUAAAUUCGCAAGCACGUACAGGCUACGGCGGUGCGAAUACUAGUCAACGCUGUGAAA